AUGGAAGAAGAACCCCCGAGCAACGAGGAGGCUUUGUACGUAGCGUGGUUCGGCCGCGCUGGGCGCAAUCGUGAGUCCCAGGAUGCGGUGGCGGAGCUGGCGGCGGAAUUGCGGCGGGCCUACAUGGUGAAGGGCCUGCAGGGCCAGUUGGAGGAGCGGCAGGUCCAAAGGUACGCUGAGCACGUGCGCGAGCGCGCAGGCGCCGAGUCGGCGCGACGCCAGGAGCGGGAAGAGGCGUUGGAAGAGGAUCGGCGAUGCCGCGCGGAGAUCCUGCGGAAAUGCGAGGAGUACCGGCAGCAGCUGGAUGUGCAGUUGACACGCAAGGAAGAGGAAAGGCGGGUCCACAUGGAAGAGGCUCGAGAGUAUAGAAGGUUCUUGGAGGAAGCUGACCGGACGCUGGAGGAGGAAGAGCGCUCGAGGGCGCUGGAGAAGAAGUGCGAGCUUGUGAAAAGCACGAAGCGCGAGCGGCUGAUCUUCGAGGAGAUGCGGGAGAUCCGUCGGCAAUUGGAACGUGAAACCGACGAGAAGGAACGGCAGCGGGAUCUGGAGUACCUGAGGGAGACAGAGGAGAGAUCGAAGGAGAUGAACAGGCUACGACGGGAGCAGGCGGAGAGGCGCGAGCAUGUUCUCCUGGAAACGACGAGGAUGAUGCUGGACGCUGAGAUCCGCAAGCGGGAGCGAGAGGAGCGACUGAUCGAUCUCGUGGCGGAGGAGAUCAGAUGCGAACUCGCGAUCCGGGAGAUCGAGGAAGCGAUGCGCAGGAAGAAGAUGCAGCAGGAGCUCGCGACCACACUGCGGGAACAGAUAGUUUUCACGGAGCAGUGCAAGCAGCGUUACGUGGAGGAGGAUCGUGCCUGGGCCGAGGAAGUCAUGAAGAAGAUUAUGGAGGACGAGAAGGUGACGAGAUUCACCGCGGAGGCGAGGAGGAGACUGAGGCUGCAGCACCGGGAGGACCUGGAGAACCUGAUCGCGCAUCGCCGCAGGAUUCGCGAGGAGGAGAUCGCUAAGAUCGAGGAGAUCGCCGAGAAGGAACGGAGGUUGAAGAUAGCCGAGGCGGAACGCGCGAGGGAGGAAAGAAAACGCCUGUUGACGAAACACGCCAAUGUCGCGAACUUCGUGAACAGAGCGACUCUCACACCUGACGAGCAAGAGAUCCUAGCCGAGUUGUCGAAGGACACUGAAGACGCUGAGAAUGUUGGUGAUAUCGAAGUGCCAGCGGAGGUGAAAGAUUGA